GGUAAUAAUAAUAUAGUAAUACGAAACUCAGUGCUGAACUGCUUCGGUGUGAUGAUGAUCAUUAUCGCUAUUGAACACAGCAUUUUACAUAGAAGAAUCGCCAUUAAAAUACUUCUACUGUUUGGCUGUUCUCAUUAUCGAUUAAGUUUCCUUCUGUUCUUCAGCACAAUGGUGCUGUCCAUGUGGUGUACGAAUUCGAUAGCAUGUGGCCUUAUGAUGCCGUUGGUGAGAGCUAUUCUAAAGGAGCUGGAACAUAUGGGCAUAUUGGAUGUAUUUGAAACAGCUGGAGUGAUACAAACUUACAAACACAAAGAUAAAACCCCACAGAGACCAACUGAUUUUACGAUAUUUUAUUUCCUCGGAAUUGCAUACUCAUCUUCUAUUGGUGGAAUGGCUACUAUUAUUGGAAGUGAAACGAAUAAAAUUUUCAAGAAUUAUUGUGAAGUGAUCUUCCCUCGGAGUCCAACGAUAGAAGUACCACAACUCAUGCUGCUUACCCUGCCUGGCGUUCUAAUCAUGGAGAUGUUCCUGUAUUUAUGGUUGAAUUUCUAUUUUUUGGGAAUGCUAAGGUAG